AGGCUGGUGGAGAUAGUACAACGGGAUAUUUUCCUGGGAAAUGGGACCAUAUAGGAACAAAACACAAGGUAUACGGUAAAACUGUUAAGGACUUAUGGCAGACAUUUGUCAGUACUGGCGGUGUUCAGGGCGAAUCAAAACCAAAAGGCAACAUGUGCAAGCUCGGCAAGGGAGAAUUGAAUUUAAUAGAGGCCAUGAAGACCCAAAACCCGUCUGUAUCGUAUAAAGUUAUAAAGGAAAACGUCCUUCUACACGGUAAUCUUCCAACAGGCACUUCAACAACAGCUAUAAGUCGGGCAGUCCGUUUAUCAAUGCUUCAAGGGAAAAUGACCUGCAAGCGGUUAAGUCAGGCUAACGAUAACAAGUUCACUGAUGAAAAUAUUGACUACUGUCAGGACUUCUUAGAUUACAUGAGUCAAGUGGACCCGUAUCGUUUGAAAUUUUUCGACAAGAGUGGUGUCGAAUUGCAGGACUGCAAUAAGCAUUACGGACACUCAGUUGUAAACACACCAUGCGUUGAAGUUGGAAAAUAUCCACACUCACGAAAUAUCACCCUAAAUUUAUUAGUAGGACUCGAAGGAAUUUUGUACGCUAAUACCAUCAAUGGUUCUGCGGAUACGUUCGAUUUUCUCAAUUUCUUUGACGAAGCGAGUAAAAACUUUCAAAGAAAUGGCAAUCCAGUGUUAACAAACGGGGAUAUAAUUGUCAUGGAUAACUGUGCGAUCCACCACAACGCUGGAGGUUUUGCCCUUGGGCAUUGGUUAGAUACAAUGGGUAUUGAUGUCGUAUACUUACCAACAUACUCUCUCGAACUUAAUCCUGUAGAACUUGUUUUUAAUAAACUAAAAAUUGUGUUGAAGAGAGAGGAAAGGCAGCCUGUUGUUCGUGUGAAUUUGCACGCUGCGUUCGAAGAAAUAACUGAGAACGAUUUAUUAGGUUUCUAUAGAUGCACUGACUAUAUUUUUGUAUGA